AUGAAGUUCUCCGCUACCAUCCUGGCCGUUGCCGCCACCACUCUGGUCUCCACCGUCUCGGCUCAGUUCCCCCUGUGUGCUCUGUCUUGCUUUGAGAAGACCAUGCAGCUUCCUCAGGCGCAGACCUGCACUGAGGCCAACAUGUUCCUCUGCUUCUGCAAGAGCACGUUCCUCGCCCUCGCCUACCGUGACUGCGCCUGCAAGGAGUGCCCUUCUACCACGACGGCCGUCAGCGCCGUCCAGUAUGGUCUGGACAUUUGCACACGGCGUAGGACGAAUUGGCGAUUCUUUGUCUGA